CGUGUUUCCGCUCCGUUGCCCGGGUGAUGCUGCGAUUUGCCGGUUGCCGGGGCCUGAGACCCGGGUGGAGGAUCUGGACCCGCGGCCGGAGGACGGAGCGAGUCCCGGGAGCCCAGCCGUCCCCGCCCCGACCCCGCCCCCAGCCCCCCGGGAGCGGCCCCGGGACCCUCAGCGCGGCCGGGCUGGCCUUUCUGCCUGCCGCCCGUCUGUUCCCCCAGGAUGAGAAGGAGCAGCGGGACCCCGAGGAUGACAUCGUCCUGCUGAUCAAACAGGCCAAGCUCAGUGCCAUGAGAGGGAAGCUGGAAGAUGCUGACCACUUAUUACACCAGGCCCUAAAGCUUGCCCACCAGUCGCACAACAACCAGGCCAUCACCUACACCUAUGUUCAGAUGGCCAACCUGGCGUUUCUCCGAGGAGACCUGCAUAAUGCUGAGAAACUCUUCAAAGCAGCAAUGAGCCAGCUAUUGGGAUCUGGGACUCGGCAGGAUGACAAUGCAGUGAUUGAGAUGUCCCUCAAGUUGUGCAGCAUCUACGCAAGCACUGAACGGCACGGUUUAGCAGUCGAGGGAUACAAAUGGUGCAUUGAGACACUGGAGGAGAAAGUUCAGAGUCAGAAAGCUGUUCCUGAGGAAUCCCUGUCGGCCGCUGAGAAGGAGAAUACCCGUCUCUUACUGGGGAUGAGCCUGGACUCGUGUGCUCGCUACAUGAUGAGCCGGAAGCAGCUGGAGUUGGCAGAGAGUCUGUACGAGAAGGCACUGGCGAUCUCUCAGCAGGUGCAGGGGGAGACUCACCCACAGACAGUGGUGCUGAUGAAUGAUCUUGCCACCGUACUGGACAUGAAAGGCCAUCACGAGCGAGCUUAUGAUUAUGUCAGAAGGGCCUCGAAUCUGGCGAGAGAUACCAGCCACCCAGACGAAUGUGUGAUUCUCUAUAACUUGGCCAGAGUUCUCAUGCACAGAGGUAACUACAGCGAAGCAAAACAAGUUUACGAAGAGGCUCUGAAACAGGCCGAGGCAAAGGCCGACAAGCCAGUGAUUGAACGUAUCCGUGAGGGAAUGGAGGAGUUGGAGGUGAAGACUCUGCAAUUCCGAGUGCUUGGGGAAACAAACCAUUAAAUGGAAGAAGUUUGCACUUAUUGUUUCCACUGACAGCCAAAA